AUGGGCGAGGACGGCAAAAAACUGCUUCAGCAGAGGCUGGCCGAACGAACCCGCGAACAUAAAGCAACUCGCGAAGCAGCCCUAGAGAACAAAUUUCGUAAGCUGCCUGCUCCAAUGUCAUCCAAGAACGACAAACUUGUGCACAACUUGUCAUCAAAGGAGCUGACGGAGGAACAAACGCAGGUUUUACGGCAUGAGGCCUCAUUCAACACAGCCGAUGCCAAACCUGCCAACAUGAUCGCAGCAGUGGAAUCCAUCCUCAGCCAGAGGGGAGCGACAGACGAAACGAAGAACCUCAUUCGACAUCAAGUGUCCUCCCUCCUCAUGGCUCAUAGGUCGCGCGACGUGCUUUCCAAGGUCGAGCGUGAUGCACUUAAGGAACUCAGGGCCGACAACGACCUCGUUAUCGUGCCUGCGGACAAGGGGCGUUCAACGGUCGUGUUGGACAGGACAGACUACAAUCAAAAAGCCAAAAGCUUGUUGGAGGAUCGUCAGUCCUAUGUCCCAUGCGAAUCCAACCCCAUGAAAACGCUGACACGCGAGAUUAACGCGACGCUGUUGGCAAUGGAGAACUCAGGUGCAAUAUCGCCAAUCGACCGACGCAUGGCGAGAGCACAAGAAACGGCCCUAGCUAGAUUCUACGCUCUCCCAAAAGUGCACAAAGACGACGUUCCUCUCCGGCCUAUCGUAUCACUAAAGGGCACUCCAACCUACGGACUGGCAAAGUGGCUGUUCCAACGUCUCAAGUUUCUGACCUCCGAUUCGAACACCACAGUCAGCUCGUCAACGCAAUUCUUGGAGAAACUUAAAGGAGUAAGUCUCCUGCCAAGCGAUAUCAUGGUUUCCUUUGAUGUCACGUCCCUUUUUACUUCUAUCCCGCAGGACCUGGCAGUCGAGACCAUCGAACUACUCCUACGAGAGAAAUACGACGAAACGGAGAAUCGCCUCGGACACGCCCAAAUCAUCCAGCUCCUGAAGUUCUGUCUCAAGACGUACUUUACGUUCGACGGAACAAUCUACGAGCAGGUGAAGGGAACGCCAAUGGGUUCGCCGAUUUCGGGACUCAUAGCCGAGGCGGUCCUUCAACGGCUGGAGUCGCUGGUUUUCCGACACCACAGACCGAAAUUCUGGGCUCGGUAUGUGGAUGACACCUUCGUCGUCAUCGAACGGGAUCAGGUGCUGACGUUCAAAGAACAACUCAACGGCGUCUUCCCGGACAUCCAAUUUACGAUGGAGGAGGAGGAAAACAAUCAGCUGGCCUUCCUGGAUGUCCUCGUCUGCCGCAAAGUUUGUGGUAGCCUAAAAACCAAAGUGUUCAGGAAAGCGACAAAUACGACGCAAAUACUGAACUUCAAUAGCAACCACCCGAUCAGUCACAAACGCAGUUGCGUAAGGGCGCUAUACCGGCGCGUUGAGACGCACUGCAGUGAAAUGGAAGACAAGGUUGCUGAACUACAAUAUCUUCGACGGGUAAUGAGAGCCAAUGGUUACCCGCGCAGCUUUGUCAACCAGUGCAUACGAAAACGACACCAGAGACCAAAUCCAACCGGACCCAAAUUUUGGCGGGCUCUUCCGUACGUGAAGAACGUCUCGGAAUCCGUCAGUCGUCUUCUCACUCCACUUGGAGUUGGGGUUGCACACAGGCUGGAAGCGACCAUUAGGCGCCAAGUCAUGAGGCCAAAAGACCCGCUGCCACGGCAGGACACGUCUGGAGUCAUUUACCGGAUCUGGUGUAGUUGCGGACAAAGCAAUUAUGUCGGAGAAACUGGGAGAUUACUCCGUACGCGAAUUGCCGAGCACGCAGCAGCAGUGAGGCGGGGAGACGCUAACUCUCAGGUGGUGGCACACUCGACGGGACCCGGCCAUAAUUUCAAAUUUCAAGAGGCCGAAAUCCUCGCAAGGGGUGACAACCGCGUGAGCCGCGAGCUGCUCGAGUUAUGGUUCUCAGGCCCGCAAUCCAUCAACAAGCACAAUGACCUCCCGGUACCCUAUAGCGUACUGCGAUUUUCCCUGGGCAGGAGAAUCAUUCACGUGGGGAGGGCGUGGGCGUGCAAUCAUCACGGUGACAGUGAGCCAGUUUGUCGAGCAAUCGUCACACCAGCAUCCAGCACGGAUGACGAAAUCGCGGCAAUUAACGACUCGGACUCGGACCGACAAGCCACCACCGCAUCAAUUACGGCCCCAGUGGUGAUUACGAGAACUGUUAAUUGCAGUGCGCAUGCGGUCCCACGGCAGCCAGUGCUAUAA